ACCCUGCAGUACACGGGGUUCUCCUGUAAACUGAGACAUAAACUCGCAAAAGAAGACAGACCAGAAAAACUAUUUGGUCGUGGAUUCUAAACAAACUUUAUGGAUAAGAUUGCUCAACUUGGCAGAGCAGUGGAAAUGCUUUUGUGAAAGGCAGGUGAACUCUGUUCUCCGGCUAUCCCAGGGAGAUUACAGCAGGACAUGCUUCCAGCCACUGAACAGCUUGACUUCACUUGCAGUGUCAUGGGAAUCUUACUCACAGAGAGGAGACUGAACUCCACUACUGAUAACAUCCAGUCAGUAGUGGUCUUUUUGUAAUAGUUUGGAAGUCCACUACAUGCGAACUGUGCGUGACUAAACAGGAUUACAAAAUAGUUUUGUUAUAUUUGGCUCCUUCCAGGAGAAGGUAAGAGAAGCUGGAGAGAUUUGUCCAUACAAAAGCCUUUUGUUCCCAGCAGAGGGGUGCAAUAGGAGCCGCUUGGAUAACUGGAGGUGAGCAGAUGAACCUUUUGUGACAUUUUCAAUGGACACUUUGCCGGAGCUUUGCUUGUUCUCAGUCGGAGUGACACUUUAAACAAAAAUGGACAGUGCAAGUAAAAACUCCAGUGAACUUGAGAAGCAGCCCCCUAGUUCUCUCCGGUAUGUCUUUAGCACUUUAUUCACAGGGGGACGCUCUGCCUCUUCAGACGCACAAUCAGCCAUUCUGACGUCCUUCAGGGAGCUGUCAGAUGGAGACACUCCUGAAGAUGAAGGUAGUCAAGCUACUAAUGAUGAGAGCAAGCUCCAAGAGGGGGAGGAUAUGCUUCAGGAUGAUGUGACUGCUUCCUGUGAUACAGAACAGAAGGUUAAAUCAUCAGCUCAGGAUGCUGGUGAACAACAAGUAGCAGCUGGAGCCUCAGUGGACCCCGAUCUGGUCCAGGUCAUGAGAGUGGAAACCUAUAGCGACAAUGAGGAUGAAAAUGAGGAUGAGAAGGUAGCCCACAGCAGCACUAGUCUGUUGGAGAGGCUUGCUAGGUCUAAGAAGCUUGCUCUACCUGGGAAAGAUAAUUCAGUGAACCCAGGGGAUGGCGAUGAAGUGAAAGUUUCCAGUGAAGCAGAAUACAAAGUGCCUGUGUUUAGAACACAUAAUUUUAGAGAGAGAUCCCGCUUAGAAGCCAUUUUAUUUUCUGAUAAGCUUGGCAGCAGAACUAGUGCUGGGAAAGUUCUGGUCUCUUCAAUUUCCAAACAGGGAGAUGGCUGCAGUCCCAAAGAGAGCACUAACACGGAAUCUGGAGUCGCAGAAACACUGGCUGCUGGAGAGAAGGCCAUGUGUGAUGCAAGAACAGAUGAGAAUGAGGAGUAUGCUGGCAUCGAUUGUUCUCAGCCUGUUCCCUCAGUCAUCACUGGGCAUCUGGAUUUAGAGGGUGCAGGCGAUAAUGCUGAUGUGGCCUCUCCAUUAAAGCAGAUGGACAUUACACCAAAGGAGGAGACAUGUGAGCAAAAUGCUGAAGCUAAGGAGGAAUCUAAGGAAGCUCAGACCAGCCAGAAGUCCUCUACUGGUCCCUCUAGCUCUGAGACUCCUGAAAUGUCAGUUGAAUCAUCCUCCAAUCUGGAGAAGCAAUCAGACACUGCUGGUGUGACGGUUUCAGGGUCCCACAAAUCCACGUUAUCUUCAUCUGCACCUGAAGAGUCCACAGGUGACAAAGUAUGUUCCAGUCCCGCUGCACAAAACACACCAGAAAAAGCUACACUGCCACCGGCUUCAUCUGUUGCCACCUCCUCUACCUCCUCCACUUCAAGCCCAACCAAGAGCACAGCGCUCUCUACGCCCCCUUACUUCCAGAUGCCAGCUCUCUUCAGUGGUUUGCGGGUGCUGAAGAAAGGAGCAGUGGGGAAUGACAGGGAGGUGAUGUCAGAAAUCAAGCAGAGGGAGAAAGAUACUGAUCUGGCUCUGCUCAGCCUCAAGAAGACCGUAAAUAAAACCAAGCUCUUUACUGAGCAGAAGCCACCCUCUCCAGUCAAAAAACAUGCAGAACCUAAAUCAGUCUCAGAAACUAAAAGCAAUGCAAUGGGACAGCUCAGCCAGCUGCUCAACCUGGACAAUGAUGACGCUAAAAAUUCAGAAGAUGGGCAGGAGGCUGAUCCUGUACGCAGCAAAAAAGACUCUGAGAAUAAAGAAGAGGCUGCAAUAGAUAAAACCCCUGGCCCAGAAAGUCCUGCAUCCACACCUGAAAAGAAGAAAACCUCAGACUUGGCCUAUGAGACAUUCAGGAAUAUUUUUGGCCCCAAGACUGUCAAAACAGGCAAGACGGAAGAGUUGGAUCUGGAUGCAGUGAAAAAGAAAAUCAAGAAUGACAAGGAAAGUCUGAGAUUUAUUUUUGAGAGAAGCUCCAAAUCUCCUAGCAAGGAGCUCAAAACUCCUACAGAGAUCAGCACAGAGGUCACGUCCCCUACAGACAACGAGGACCGGACUCCAGGGCGUCUGCAGGCGGUGUGGCCCCCACCCAAGCCUAAGGAUGAAGAAGAGAAGGUGGGGCUCAAGUACACAGAAGCAGAGCACCAGGCUGCCCUCUUGCAGCUGAAGAGAGAGUGCAAGGAAGAUCUGGAGAGGAUGCAUUCCGACUUCGAGCUUCAGAUCUUCCAGCUGCGAGGUGAACAUGCCGUUUCCACGUCACACCUGGAGGGAGUCAUUGCAAGGAUGCAAAGAGACCGGUCAUACAAUACAGGCCAGGAGCGAGGUGAGCUCUGCGAUGUUGCCGUGUCCACUGCCGACGACCCGACACUGAAGACCUGCAGGACUGUGGGGAUCCAGACGGACAGGGAGACCUUCAUCAAGAGCCCUGAGGGUGAUGGAGGCGCUCAAAGCCCCACCAAGAACCUGCCCAAAAAACUCAACUUGGACUCUAUCGAACUGAAUUUGAAAGCUCAGUCGACGCCAGGACCUUCUGGACCCCCUCCACCACCACCUCCUCCUCCCCCUCCUCCUCCACCAGGUCUCUCAGGAGCACCACCCCUUCCUCCACCUCCUCCACCUUUGCCAGGCAGCGCAGGAGCACUGCUGCCCCCUCCUCCUCCUCCUCCCCCCCUGCCUGGAUGUGGCCCACCUCCACCACCGCCUCCACCUCCUCCUCCCGGCCUACCUGGAGGUGGUCCACCUCCUCCUCCACCUCCUCCAGGUUGCGGACCCCCGCCUCCUCCCCCGAUGGGUGGGUUUAGCCUUGGCCCGAAGGUGGAGAAGGCCCCACGGAAACCUGCCGUUGAGCCCGCCUGUCCCAUGAAGCCUCUGUACUGGAACAGGAUACAGAUACAGGACAAUAACAACAACACAUUAUGGGGUUCUCUGAAGGAGCCGAACAUUGUGAAUGCCAAUGAGUUUGAGGAUCUUUUCUCUAAAGCCACGUUGCAGCCGAAGAAGAAGCCCCUGUCGGACACCUAUGAGAAGAAAGCCAAGCCUAAGAAGAUUAUCAAGCUGCUGGAUGGGAAGCGUUCUCAGGCAGUCGGCAUCCUCAUAUCAAGCCUGCAUCUGGAGAUGAAGGACAUUCAGCAAGCUGUUCUUAAUGUGGACAACUCUGUGGUGGAUUUGGAGACCAUUGAGGCUUUAUACGAAAAUAGGGCCACCAGUGAUGAGAUGGAGAAGAUAAUGAGACAUUAUGAGACAUCGAAAGAAGAUGAAGUCAAACUGCUGGAUAAACCUGAACAGUUUCUCUACGAACUCUCCCAGAUUCCUGAAUUCGCAGGCCGAGCCCACUGUAUCAUCUUCCAGUCAGUGUUCCUCGACACCAUCUCCUCCAUACGUCGCAAGGUGGACAUUAUCUCCAAUGUCUGCAAAGAGCUGCUCGAGUGCGACAGUUUGCGGGAGGUUUUGGGGCUCGUUCUGGCCUUUGGGAAUUAUAUGAAUGGAGGGAACAGGACAAGAGGUCAGGCUGAUGGCUUUGGACUGGAGAUCCUCCCCAAGCUGAAGGACGUCAAGAGCAGAGACAAUUGUAUUAAUCUGGUGGACUACGUGGUUUUGUACUACCUGCGCAAUUUUGAUAAGCAUGCUGGCACAGAAAACAGUAUUUUCCCUCUUCCGGAGCCUCAGGAAUUCUUCCAGGCUUCUCAGGUUAAGUUUGAUGACCUCGCCAAAGACAUCAGAAAACUGAAGAGAGACCUAACCGCUUGUGAGAAGAACGUGCAGCAAGUGUGUAGUAACUCAACCGAGGAGCAGCUCCAGCCUUUCAAGGAGAAGAUGGAGGGAUUUGUUUCUACUGCUCAAAAGGAGCAUUCUGCUGAAGAGGACCGGCUCGAUGCAGCACAGAAAAGUUUCCAGGACAUGGUGAGCUACUUUGGUGUGAAGCCAAAGUCCGGAGAGAAAGAAGUGGCUCCAAGUUACGUCUUUAUGCUCUGGUACGAGUUCUGCAAUGACUUCAAGAACUCCUGGAUACGACAGAGUAAGAACAUCUCUAAGGAGAGGUUGAAAGAAGCUCAAGAAAGCAUCAAGAAGAUGACAGCAGAGAAGAGAGUGGAAACCAAGAAGAUCAAUGCCAACAGUCUGAAGGAGAGGCUGCGGCAGAAGGAAGCCAGUGUGUCCUCCAGCUGAGUGAAACGACGAGUGACGGAGCAGAAGAGCAAAUGAGGACCGGCGGAGGAAGCGUGCGGGGUUAUUCCUCCUGCAUUUACCACCUGCCUCGGCAACUCUGGACUUCCCUCUGUGCCCCGUACGGACUCACAAUAAAACCUCACAGGACUCUUACUACUCCCACUGCCAUAUUUCUGCCCUACUAACAGCACUGGACGCCCCGCCGCCCUUCCCCUACACCCCACCACCCUCAUGUUGAGGCUUUUUGGCCCAACCCCUGCAGCGAGGAUGCAUGGCUGACACAGCCGACGUGAUGGGAGUCUGAAAGGCCAAAGGUUGACCUCAUUCAUCCAGCAUGGCGUGACCUCUGAGUGGCCAGCUUGUGAAAGGUCUCCAGGGUUCAGUGGGAUUCACAGCAGUGCCAGCUGACACAUCCUCAAGGUUCCUGCUGGAUCUUUAGAAGCUCAUUUUAUUUCUGAACUGUAUCAGACAGAACACGUAUUAAAAAAUGCUCCAACUUAGUCAAAAGUGUUCUCACGUUGUUGUACAAACAGAUAUGGCUUCCUGGCGAUGUCUGCUGAGAGGAAAAUCCCUGUUGACAAAACAGAUCUCUCUCUCAAAGCGGUAAGAGAGCAGUUCCCAGUGUCCUUUGCUGUAGCGAACAGCUUUUCAUUCACCACGGCUCAUUAAAAAGUCUUGUAAAUAUGUCAUGUUGUAGAAUCGGCAGGGACUGUGCAGCUUUGAGGAAUAUGAUGAAUGAUCUGCGCUCGGCUUCAAGUGGGGAUGAAGACGUGGUGUGUAUAAAUGGUUGUGUAUACGUUGUAUGUUUAAAAAAGCGUACGUGGAGGUUUUUCUGUGUUGUGUGUUGCACCAGACUGACCUCUCCUGGGUGACGGCCAGAGGAGAGACGAAGCUGGCAGCAAGUCUGGCCCAGAGCCUCGGCCCCCGCACGGAGAGUUGUACCUAAAAACAUCAGAAGAACACAACAGGUCUUAGCCAUGCGCUCACUUAACUACCAUUUACAAAAACAUUGUUAAUCCCUCAUUGAGUGCUGUUUGUCACGUCGUGUCCAGCACAGUUUGAAGCACUUUCCUGCUUGCAGUAGCUGUAUGCCGUAGCACGCUCUAAAAACCACACUCCUCGUUAUGCUAACUGCGUGCAUUUUUUUCAGCUGUCUUGCACUUUUUUGCACCUCUUUUCCUAUGCAAGAGUAUGGUUUUGUUAUAAGAUAUAGAAAUUGUAUUGCUUCAAGAAAGAUUUUUUUUAUUUUAAUAAAAUGUUAUUAAGAUCAUGCUUUAUUUUCACAAAUGUAAGUAGUGACCAUGCUCCUUUGUCAUUUGAGAAAAGCCUAUUUAUAUGAGGAAGUAGUUAUUUAAUGCCAAAAAACAUCAGCUGUGUUCCCUUUGUGGCUGUAUUUUGAUUUGAUUUGUAACUGAAGUGAAGGAGAAGCUGCUUGAUGAGAGAUAUUUUUUCACAUGGAUGUAUCUUGUAUGUUGUGCAGAUUUUAAGCGAACAGAAUGAAGGUUCCCUGUUCUGUUUAGUUUCGGAGCGAUGAGAGAUGUAUUUUGGAUAUUGAGAAUAUUUCAAAUGAUCACCUCAAGCCAUGUGAGUUGCUAAUACCUCAGACUUCCAUUAUCAGAUUAUCCGUAAAACUGCACCUUGAAUUACUUUUCUACCCUCCAAAGUCCUUCACCUGUGCCAUUUAUUUUGUACAAAAACAAAGCGAGAGAUUACAGAACUUUAAACUGCUAUAUUUUAACUCUAGAGGGUUUGAAAACCAGAAAUGAGCUGAAUGUGAAUGAAUACUGACCAAGUUAUUGUUGUAGCCUCAACUUUACGUAUGUGGGUUCUUGUAACCUUCAGUAGCUCUCAUUUAGGUGCUCUGUAAAUUUAUGGAAUUGUUUUAAAUUUCAAGAAUAAACUACUGGAUGCCACAAAAAAGCCGGACGUUUUGGAUGAGAACUUGCACUUUGAAAGAUGAAUUAACCCAGUUUCUCUCCUUUUUCUGCUGUCCACACUUCCAUCAGGUCUGCGCCAGGAAAAUAUGAUAUUUAUGUAAUAAGCCUGAGUCAUUGAAAGGAUUUGAUGAUUCAUAAUUCAGCCAGACUGUUCAAUAAACUAUGAGUCAGAAUUCAAA